AUGAAGAAUCGCCACGUUGCCGACUUGUACACCGAGCUGCGCAGAACAAGUGCUCAGGUGGUCAAGUUAUCUGAUGUACAGACUGAAUUGAUGCAGGUUAUGCAAGAAAAUAAGCAGUUGACACAAGAGCUGCAGGCCUUAAAGUCCGAGAAGAGCCGAUCCCCAAGUUUUGUCAGUACUUCGACACUCAUGCCAAGCGACUCUGUUUCGCAUCGCGGUGGCACGAUCUCACAAGAUAGCAGCAUCGUCUCUCCUCCUGUGCCGAAAAAGACAUAUUCAUUCACGGUCCUCUGGAACAAAGAGGAUUGUAAGAAGGACGACGAUGUCCACAUCACGGUAGCUAAUCCUGAAUGGAUUCCUAUGGAUCAGGCCGUUCGACACGAGAACGGUGACCUCAUCUCAAGCGCAGAGUGGCACGCGAUUCAGACGACUGCACGCGUAGUCAAGAACGAGCUUCUCUCUCUUCCACCUCCUCGAGACCGUCAGUAUCGCAACAUAAAGCGAACAAAAAAGGUAUUCAAGGCUGCAUAUCCACACGAAUGGGAAGCAGCCAUGCUGAAGAUGGAGAAGCAACAACCGUUGCUCGCCCUUUGCUCAGACCAUUGGAAGGCAGAGUACAUCAUUGGUCCUAUGCUGCUCCAGCAGCACAAACCCGACUCCGAACUCGACAAUGAUGAUGACGACGUUAGUCACAUCAGCACUUCCGCCACCAACACUCAUGCAUCUGAGCACGGUGAAAUCUCCGCCUCGAUGGCCUCGCAGGUCUCUGUUGCCAACAAGAGGCGCCGUGUCCACUCCACUUCUUCAAGCAAGCCAAAGAAGAAGCCUGUCGCGGGUGUGGUAUCGCAACAUGCAGAGGGUCGAACAUCUGGCCCAGUGGCCACACCUGCAUUGGAACCGCAGCUGAGUCUAACGUCUGUCCCAGUGACCAUGCCUGUGGAGCCACAGCUGAGUGCAAUCGGUAAUAUUCUCGCCCAAGUGCCUUCCGCGCCUCCCUCUGUCGUUGCCUCUGUCAUCUCUCCUUCGGUAUCUGGCCUAACGGUGAAAAGCGCCAUUGACAUCAGCUUCAUCAAUGUCGAUCCGUCAAUCGAGAAUUUGAUAGAUGCCUUGUCCAGUAGCCAUCCGGAUUUAAUAAGUGUCAUCACAUUCAUCGAGCGCAUCGAGAACGCUGAUCCUAACUCACCCGACCUCUCGGAAGACGAUCUUGGAACGGCGUGGGGCCAUUACCAGUUUACAGCAGGCUCGAUGACCUCCAGCUCCACGCUUGUCUCAUGGGAUGGCAUUGGGAGUGAGGCCGCGCGAAGAUUAAUUGCCGCCAGCAUCAAGACGUGCAAGGUUGCAAGACAUGUGUGUUUUGUCAGCGGGAUCAAAAUGAACGCGUAUCUUAGUGAUGCAUACUUGGAGACGACAGUUGAAAUCCUUUGGAGGCUCUGGAAAGCCGCAGGAGGACCUGUUGUGAAGGGGAAGGGCAAAGCUUUCACAUCAUCGGACUCACGCACCAUGUCCACUGCUGACGCCAUCGCCAGUAUUCCUGACUCCUCUGCCGCCACUCUUACCCCCUCUGCCACCACUUUGGUCAAUGUCUCUCAGCCCUCUGCCAACAUCGGUUUGUCCAUGAACUCUGAUUCGUGCCCUUCCAACUCGUCUGGUAGUGGAAAACCUAUGGCCAACAGCAAUUCUGACCCGCGUGCAUAUAUCACUUCGCUCAACAGAGACGAAUUGUUUGAAUGGAUCAUCGAUCGGAAGUUGGCGGUCAAUAUGAAGCUUGGAAAGAAGAGUUCCUCCGUUAAGAAAGACAAGCUCGUAUCAAUCAUUCUGUCCGCCGAAGUGACCGCCCAGCCGUCUAAGGCAGAAGUCGACGUCAUCGUGCAGCAGUGCAAGCUUAAGAAGAUGGCCACUUCAAGAGUUUGA